UAAGAGUGAUCACAGAAGAGAGCCUUAAAGCUAAUUAUGUCCAGAGCUCAACAAGGGAUAAAUCAGAGUAAUUAUUCCAUUUACAAAAGAAAUUUUCACUUUUCUAAGAGAGUCACGGUAGGAUUCUUUUACAUAGUAAGUUUCCCAGUAUAUUUAAAGUGUGGUUUUAUUUACAGUCAGAUAAUUAUGUUGUACCCAGGACUGUUUAGGAACUCAUUGGUUUUGUAAAUCAGACCCUUAGGGUAAGGUUGAGUUGACAAGAGGAGGGACAAAGAUGUCCUGGAGGCUCCUGGGAACAGUGACAAACACAAACUUGCUUUAGCCUAGUGGUGUGACUGCCUCAGCCUUGGCCACGACCUCCAGGGGCAGAGGACAUGGUGACAAGGCUGAGAGAUUGGGGUGCAGCAGGUGGCCAUGUGCCCCUGUCCACAGGGUGCCCAGGAGAGUGUGCCCCAGUAGGUGGGCUUCAUGAAAAUGAUUUAUUGGGCUUCUUGGGGGGAGGAGUGAGCUAAAGGAGGUUAGCAGGGAUGGACUUGAAAGCUUUGGGCAUAGCAUCAGCAGCAGAGCUUGCAGCUCAGCCGUCUCGGGGCCAUACGGGACUGAGCAGCUUCCGCUAGCUCUCUGGUUCUCGGCCUCCUCUGUCUGACAGGAAGAGCCCUGCCUGCUUCCCAGAGGACAAGUAGCAUGCAAGGGUGUGUGUGUGAGCUCCAGAACGUGGGAGCUAGAGGUGUGAGCAUGCUGUCUCAGAAACCGCAGAGCCCUCGGCUGAUGAAUGACAAGGACAGCAGAUGCCAACGUGCGGGACAAGAGCUAUGCAGGGCCCCUGCCCAUCUUCAACCGCAGCCAACAUGCACAUGUCAUUGAAGACCUGCACUGCAACUUGUGCGACGUAGAUGUGGUCCUUGCCUGGAGAGGAAGCCCUGUUUGCAUUUCCUACCGCCGGGAGGCCGGAGUGCAAUCCCAAAGUGGGGAAGUGAGCGCGCGCUCCAAGCACUGCAGCGCCUGCAACAAGUGCGUGUGCGGGUUUGACCACCACUGCAAGUGGCUCAACAACUGCGUGGGCGAGAGGAACUACCGGCUCUUUCUACACAGUGUGGCAUCUGCCUUGCUGGGUGUCCUGCUUCUCGUGCUGGUGGCCACUUAUGUCUUCGUGGAGUUCUUUGUCAACCCCAUGCGGCUGCGCACCAAUCAUCACUUUGAAGUCCUGAAGAAUCACACAGAUGUGUGGUUCGUGUUCCUGCCCGCUGCCCCCGUGGAGACCCAGGCUCCUGCCAUCCUGGCCCUGGCUGCCCUGCUUAUCCUUCUGGGCCUGCUUUCCACAGCACUGCUGGGCCACCUGUUCUGCUUCCACAUUUAUCUCAUGUGGCACAAGCUCACCACCUAUGAGUACAUCGUGCAGCAUCGCCUGCCACAGGAGGCAAAGGGGGCCCACAGGGAGCUCGAGUCAUGUCCUCCCAAGAUGCGGCCCAUUCAGGAGAUGGAGUUCUACAUGCGGACCUUCAGCCAUGUGCGCCCAGAACCCCCUGGCCAGGCCAGGCCUGCCACAGUGAAUGCCAAUCUUUCCCAGUUCUUUGCUACCCGAGGCCAAGGGGAACCCCCACCUCCCUCCUCCUCAGAGACACGUGCUCUGCCCCCCCGGAUCCGACCCCAGAAAAAGAGGAAGCGGCGAGUGUAUAAGGUGCCAGCCUCUGGGACCUUGGAACCAGAAUCGCCGUUGCCCAGGCUGCCGGGGCCCGGGGCUCCGGGCCCCCGCUCCAGCUCGCUGUCGGAUUCCGCGGGCUCCAGCCCAGUGCACGCCGCUGGGCCUGCAGGCGCCUACCACUCGGCGUCAGCCGAGUCCAUGGACGAGAUUCCAGUGGCGCAGACGCGCCUGGGCAGUGCCGCUCUGGCCGCCCCGGUGGGUAGGGGCCGGGAGCCGGGGCUGGCCCUGCAGCUGCGUGCGCCUGCCGUGUUCGUGAGCCCGAGCAGCGGGGAGACCCGGGUGCGGGGAGGCCUGGAGGCGGGCCUGGCUUAGCGCGGUGGAGAGGCAGGAGGGCCAGGGAGGAGCGGCCAGCCCCGUUCUCUAUGCAACACCCCCACCGUCGCUGCACCGAGUGCACUUUAGGGGCCCCUACGGUCGGCGGGAUGGGUCCCCUUCCUCCGCAACUCAGCAAUACCCGCCCCACCGGCCGUGAUGCUCCAAUAAAGUCUUUUUUAUGCUUUUGUGGAUUAA